AUGAAUUAAGGAGACAGACCUAUGUUGUAGAAAUAACAAUAAGAAAUCUUAGAAAUCUUCAAUGAAUUCAAAUCUAUAGAAACUAAUCAAUUGAAUGUUAGUGAGUUCUUAGAAAUUCUAUAAACUACAGGACUUGAUAGGAAUUGUGAAUUAUUAGUCAAAAAAAUGGAAAAUCUUAGAGGCCAAUAAUUAGACAUACAUCAAUUUACAGAAUAAUUUAAUUUUAACUAUAAUCUCUAUGAAAAUUUUGAAAUGAUAUUCUAAAUCAUGGACACUACAAAUUCUGGAAAGAUUAGCAAAGAUGAAUUAAAAAAAUAAAGUGAUUUUUGGGGUAUAAUAUAUCCAUUUACAUUACCUUAGGAUUGCAAUUAUCUGAGAGAGAUAUUGAAAUUAUGAUCAAUUAUAGUGGAAGUGAUGAAUAAGAUUCAGUUUCUAAAGAAAAAUUAUGGAGUUUGUUAUAACAAUAUUAAAACAAUAAAAUGCUAUAAUGA